AUGAGCUCCAGCGAGUCUCGCCAAAGGUCUGUGGCUAUCAUCGGAAGUGGGCCCGCAGGAUUAUGUGCUGCAUACCUACUCGGUCGCUCUGGAUACGAGGUGACUGUAUUCGAGAAGAGUUCCUAUCUCACCUUGGCUGGUCACUCUUAUAGAGUGACAAAAGAUAAACCAGGCAUACCUCAACAUGUGUCCACCUGGAAAUCCACCGACGCAGCUGCUAAUAGUCACUCGUCCAUGACAAUUGAUAUACCCUUGCGAGUGUUCUCCGGAAGAUACUAUACCAACUGGUGGCGGUUAUUGAACCAUCUGGGUGUCGAAACACAAGUACAUUUAUUCCAUUAUAUGUUUACAAUUUCCGGCAUUCACUACGCUCGAUUCUACUCUAACUUUCAUCGAGUCUUACCAUGUCUUGCUAAUGGCCUGUGGAUGAACCUUUAUCUAUUGUUCUGGUAUGCUUGGUUUACCGCCGCCUGCUUUAUGGUGCGGCCGCGCACCAACGUUGGAAGAAGUGGCCUAGUCGAGACAUUUGACCAGUAUAUUCAACGCAUCCUACUGCCCAAAAGGUUUAUGGACUGGUUUAUUCUCCCGCUAUUUUCCGCCGUAGCGACCUGCAGCCAUGAUGACCUUCGUCGAAUUCCAGCCGCAUAUAUCGUGAACUAUCGCAAGGGGACCUGCGGAUUUCACCAUCGAACGGUACGUUCCAUGGAAGAGGUAGAAAGACGUCUGUCGGAAGGAGUCGCAGUCAAGCUAGGCCAUACAGUCUGCUCGGUCGAGUCCAAGGAUAACGGGUGUGUGCAAGUUGAAUACUGCCCUCCUGGUCACUCGAGAGACAAUGCGACGCGCACGAAUUUCGGCCAUGUUAUUCUGGCAAUCAGUGCAGCAGAAGCCACCAGGAUCCACCGUGCAAGUGCCAAAGUCACUGCACAACUGGCGACCCGGAAAGUUUCUGUCAAAGUCCAUCGGCCGGCAGAGGGUGGGGUUAUAUAUAAAAAAUCCUGGGAUAAAGGAAGUAGCGAGGGAUUUUUGCUCCACACCGAAGAGAUAGGUGUCGACGAACUUCUUUCCCAUUCCACCCAUUUCCAUCCAUCUGGAAUGGUUGUCACAGUCUCUCCGGUGGCUGGGGAUGAUACAAAGCACGGAAAAGUUGUUCCCUUGUCAGUUGACCACGAGGUAAUCUUGAUGAGGCCGUUGGUUACCGCUGAGUCUCAUGCUCUCCUUCACAAAGUGUUUGCGGGCCGGACUGACAAAGGCCCAAAAACCUGGAAGAACGGGGAUGGUAAUGUUUACUUGGCUUCCGGAUAUUGUUCUACUGGCCUCCCUCUUCUGGAAAGCUGUGUUCGGAGUGCUUUGGAAGCUGCUGUGAAAAUUGGUGCAGACGUACCAUUUGAAAUCAGCCGCCCUACACCCUUUUAA